CGGUAUGACGUACUACGUAUAGACCAGAGGGGCUCUGGUUACGGAAAUGAAGUACCAAGCUCAGCGAUAACGCUAGUAUUAUAAUUUCUCGACCUAAUCUAAAGCUCCUUCGUAGAAAAAAAUUGCUGCUCAGAUGAAGAGGGCUUGCCUGGUGGACCAGCUUUGUCAUUCUUCCUUGCCAUGGCAGCGCCCUAUUUCCCCACAUUCCUCCUCCUCAUUUUUGUGUCCUCAUUAGGGCUUUUGCUGCUCACCCUUCUGCCAGCUGUCAGCCCAUCCCACCCUUUAACUACCUCUUCUUUAUCCUCAUCAUGGCCAUCCUGUGGGCCAGGUCAGUCUUGGGCUGUCCGGAUCCACCACAGCCAUGAAGAAGAGGAUGAUGAGAGAGCAGGCUCAAUGCACCUGGAUGUGAUCGCUGACAAGGUAGCGAAGCAGGCGGGCCUGCAGAACCAGGGUCAAAUUGGAGAGCUAGAAGGCCACUAUUUGCUUUGCUCAGUAAAAGCUGACACAGGAUUUUUUGGCGGCAUCUGGAAAAGGAGCGUCCAACCAGCAGAUGUUCUGGCAACGCAUCCUCAUGUCCUGUGGUUCUCCAAGGAGCGAGUGCUCAGUCGGUCAAAGAGGGCGUUGGCCUUUAACGACCCCAACUACCCUAAACAGUGGCACCUGCAUAAUAAAAUGAACAAAGGCAUGGAUAUCAACGUCACAGGAGUGUGGGAGCACAACAUCACUGGUCAGGGGGUCACCGUUGUGGUUGUAGAUGAUGGUGUGGAGCACACCCACCAGGACAUCAAGCUCAACUACAGUCCGGAGGGCAGUUACGACCUGAACUCCAAUGACCCAGACCCGAUGCCUCACCCUGACUUCCACAGUGACAACCACCACGGGACUCGGUGUGCCGGCGAGAUCGCAGCCGUUCCCAACAACAGCUUCUGCGCUGUGGGGGUGGCCUACGGUAGCAAGGUGGCAGGUAUCAGAGUCCUGGACGGGCCUCUGACAGACAGAUUAGAGGCCAUAGCCUUUAACAAGCACUACCAAAUAAAUGACAUCUACAGUUGCAGCUGGGGACCAGAUGAUGACGGGCACACUGUGGAUGGACCUCACCCCCUGGGCAAGGCUGCCCUGCAGCACGGGGUGAUUGCAGGUCGACGAGGCUUCGGUAGCAUCUUUGUGGUUGCCAGCGGCAAUGGCGGUCAGUACGAUGACAACUGCAACUACGACGGUUACGCCAACUCCAUCUACACCAUCACAAUAGGAGCGGUAGAUGAGGAAGGCAGGAAGCCGUUCUAUGCUGAGGAUUGCGCAUCAUUGCUGGCUGUUACUUUUAGCAGCGGGGGGGCCAAAUCAAGGAACAUUGUGACAUCAGAUUGGUCGAUACGGAACAGGAAAGGUUGCACGGAGGGCCACACUGGCACGUCUGCAGCAGCCCCCCUGGCAGCAGGAAUGGUGGCCCUCAUGCUGCAGGUGCGGCCCUGCCUGACCUGGAGGGACGUUCAGCACAUCGUUGCCUUCACCGCCACCCAGUGUGACUCCACUGCUGACUGGGGAGUGAAUGACGCAGGGUUUCAUCACAGCCACCAGCACGGCUUCGGUCUGCUCAAUGCAUGGAGGCUUGUAAAUGCAGCAAAGGUGUGGGAGUCUGUGCCUUUCCUUGUGUCCUAUCAGAGCCCGGUGAUAAAUGAGGGCGUAUCCAUUUCGGCUCAUCCGGACGUGUUGGUCCGUACCUGGAAUGUUUCUGCUGCUGACCUGAAACCAUCUGGGAUGCAAACACUGGAGCAUGUGGCCGUCACCGUGACGAUAACCCACCCCUGCCGUGGUAACGUGGAGAUCGUGCUGUUGUGUCCCAGUGGUAUGAAAUCCAUCAUCGGGGCACGCAGGUCCAUCGACAGAGAUCCGUCAGGGUACCAGGACUGGACUUUCUCCACUGUUCGCUGCUGGGGGGAGAGAGCUGAGGGCCAGUACACCCUGAGGAUUUCUGACCUAAAGGAGACGCCAUCAGAUCAGUGUUCCACGUCGGGAGUGUUGAAGCAGUGGAAGCUCACCCUCUACGGUUCAUCCAUGACUUACAGUGAAGUAAAGGAAAGACAAAAGCUGGUGGAGGAGGCCAUGAGUGGCAAACAUCUGGACAGCAGCUUCUCUCUGCCCUGUCCUCCAGGCUUAGACAUUCCACCUGAGAUAAUCAAGCCGUUUACUUCCAACAACCUGAAGUUCCUGCUUUUGCUGGGAUGCUUCGCGCUCUUCUGGUCCCUCUACUACAUCUUGGACGUCACGCUCGGUCAAACGAACCUCAGGGGCCUCCUGUGUCUGCCGAGGAAACGGAGCCGUCAAAGAACAGGCCACGUUGGCAAAGUGAGGGGAACGGAGGAGGUGUACCAGGAGGUGUAUCAGGAGGACCAGGACUCUGGGGUGGAGGCUGUGAGUGACGUGGAGGUGAAGGUUCCCAUCACCAGGGAACAUCUGGAGACGUAGCGCCCGGACUAAAUGUUCAACCUCUCUCUGUGCCCAUGGGGUUUUCUCAGGCUUCUUCCUCUGCUCUGAUUGCACUCAGCUCUAGCAGCAGUGAUGGUUUUCAAAGACCGAACUGCAAAUAAACCACUUUGCUGCAGCUACAACCCCCCCCCCCC